UGGAGAUGCCCUCUUCGCGAGACGCACCCAGACUCGACCCUUCGUCGUCCUGGACAGAGCUCGCUGUUGAGGACCAGCAAAUUCUGCGGGUGCUUGACCCUUCGGAGUCGCAGCCAUGGCUCCUUGCCAAGAUCCAGCAUUACGAGCGCUACACCCGUGCGCUGUGCGCCGCAUACAACAACGCGUCGCUCAUCCACCGCCGCCUACCCCCCGAGCUGCUCAUGGAGAUCUUCGGGCACGUGCGGCCAAAGACGUGCCAGGGCAUCCACCUCCUCCAUGUCUGUCGGCGAUGGCGGGACCUCGCGCUCAGAACGCCGCAGUUCUGGGCGAACAUGCUCCGCGUCUCUGCGGUCGUGCGGAGGGCGCAGGCGGGCGAACCGCUUGGGCUGGAACGGUUUCAGACGUACCUCGCGCGGUCGGCGCCGUGCCUUAUCCCCCUCACCUUCCGGAGCUUGUCCAUGCGCAUUGCCGACAUAUUGGCGCUGAACGGGCAGCGCAUAUCGUCGCUCACUGUUACGGUGGGACCGAAGCAGAUCACGGACAUCUAUCUAUUGCUCAGCCAUGGCAUGCCCAACUUAAGGGAGGUUGCGAUCCAGCACGAACAGAACUCUGGCAUAAUGCAGGAGGAGGACCGAGCUAUGAUGCUAUCUGUCCAGUGCACAGAGGAUAAGCUGCCACGUCUCCGAUCCUUGCGAAUAAGCAACGUAUUCCUGUCAGCAGCCAUGGUCGUACCGACGUUACAAUCGCUGUUCAUUGGUGGAUGUGUGUGCAUGGAUUGUACUGCCACCUCAUUGGAUACCAUUCUGUCCGUGCUCCGGAGGUGCCCGUCUUUGCUGAGCUUGCAGUUCCUAGAAGAGUCAGAGCCGCGACUCCCUGUCGACACCCCUGCAAUCUCACAAGUUCCGGUUCCCCUCCCGCUGCUCGACAAGCUCAUGUUUGGAAAAUAUCCUGUCGAGCCUUUGUCCGCCAUCAUCAGCCACCUCGUCCUCCCGCCCACGGUGCUCCUCAAGUUCGAGUGCGACCCUCGCUCAGGAAGUCUCCUCCCAGACGCCCUCGGCUCCCUCCCUCUGAUCUCCACGCUCGAGAGCCUCGAGGUGAACACGAACGAGAGCAAGUGCACCGCGCGCGCACACGCCGGCGGCGCAGAACGCCUCUCCUUCGUCACCGGCAUCCCCGCGCGCGUCUCUGUCGUGCCCGAGCUCCUCUCCGUCUUCGCGCCCACAGGCACCGCCCCCUCCGUGACGCGCCUGUACCUCGGCUUCAAGAGCGCGGCGUACAGCGCGCACGUCGACGGCCCGCGCAUGGACGCGCUCCUCGCGGCGUUCCCGCGCGUGCGGUACGUGAAGAUGACGAGGAAGUGCCACCACUUCUUCCACUCGCUCACCGCGGCGUCGGCGCAGGACGUCAACGCGGAGCUGCCGUGCCCCGCGCUCGAGCAUCUGGUCCUGAAGUGGACCGUGGGCUGGGCGGACGGGGAGUUUGGGCUGGCGUGCGAGAUCGCGGAGAAGGCGCUGGCGAGGCGCGCACAGAAGGGGCUGCGGUUGAAGAGGCUGGAGGCGACGUUUCAGAGGCUGCAUGGGCUUGUGGGGGAGGAGGUCGACUUGGAGGAGGUGAAGAGGAACGUUACUGCUAGGUUGGCGCCGUACGCGGACGAGGUUGUGGUUGAGCUGCAGCCGUCCCCUCAGAGGUCGAGGAGAGCUUCGACGGGGUCGGGUCUUGGGUCUUGAGGAUGAGGGCACAAGGAAGACGAGGCAGAGUGCGUAGUCAUAUGUUCAGACUCAUCCUGUCCAAAGUCAUAUCGAGAGUUCGUUGCAUCGUUGUACUCUAUUUUAAGGUCUU